AUGCUCAUCCUUCUGGGCGCCUUCGCGGCACGUAAGCAACAGCAGGCCUCUUACCAUCUCUCACGCCAUCAUGAUGCAUCCCUCUCUCUGUCCCCAUUGCAAUGUGCAGUGACCGACUGGUUCUCCUUCUGGGAGAUGAUCAUCGACGAGCCGUCCCAAUACACCAUUCCCCUUCUGUGCAAGCGGCUCCUUCUCGCAUCUGCCUCUGUCUCUACUGCUCUGCUCGUCCUCAAAUGGUGCCUGGAGUACGUCCAAAUGAAUGCCACACUGGUACGCAGAGGAGACGUCUUCAGGUGAGCACUUUGCUGACGACUUGUGCAUUGCGGUUGCUCAGGUGCAGCGCAAAAAGGGACAAUCGGGCGACAUCGAAUUAGGCGAACGCUCCCGUCUCAUCGACUCGGGCGUCGACUCUCAGGCAGCGACCCCGCGAGGGCCGUCUGCCACGGCACCCAUCAUCGCUCGCUUCCACCGGCCCGACCCGCCUCGAUGGCUGGUCAGGAUGAUCACGGUGCUGAGCGGCAUCUCUGUCCUCAACGACAUCAUCGACUUCAUCAACGUCGUGAUCAUUCUUUGCGCCAUCGGCAACCCCCGAAGCCACGCGAUGGGAAUACUCAUCAGCAAUCUCUCCUUGAAUCUGCUGAAUGCCAUCGCCUCAGUCUAUAAGGCCAUGCGCUUCGAAGCCUCGCGAGAGCGCAUGCAACAGCUAGCCAUAGCGCGAAGACCAGAGGAUCCGGGAGUAUUGGGAGCUGCCGUCGUCCUCUUUGCGGUCUUGGGGGUGAUCGGUGCUCUUUGUGCUUAUUGGGGGUGGAGCACUUGGUGGAUAAGUUGGAUUGGGGGUUUCUUAUGGUGGCUUGCCAUCGCUGUGAUGCUGAUGAUAUCAAUGUGUGGGACGAUCGCAACCUGCUCGAGAGAGCCUCCUUCAGGGGCUCGCCUCUUCGAUUACAGCCGAUUGGGUCUUCUGCAUGUGCUGAUCGCGGAGCUUGUCUACACAACCAGCACCUGGAUUACCUUCUUGACGAUUGCGAUGUUCAACAAGAGAGUCCCCAUAUGGCUGUGGCGCCUCUACUGUCUCAUCCCCGCUACAGAAACCCUCAUCCUUUACCCCUCUCUAAUCGCAACACUCGAGCAGAAAAUUGACGCCAGAGCCCAUCGCCAUCCGACCAAAGAUGGUUGCAGCAUACUCUGCGAAGCCCUUUUCGGCCUCACAUGCAAUGUCCUCUUCCUCUGCUAUCCCACUUAUCAACUGCAGCUGCUCCCAAUAGCCAACAUCAUUCUGACGGUGGCAGUUUUCAGUUGCCAGCUGAGUAGAAGGCCCAUCGGCCUUCAACAUGCCGAGCUCAUCGACCGCAUCCAUCAAAUUCGAAAGGAAGAUGCUGCGUGGAUAAGCAUGGCCAUGAAACAGCUUCUUGACGGUGGCGCAGAUCCAAACAUGGCGUGCGGCGAGCCGCUUCAUCAGGCAGUGAUGGCCGAGACAGAGACCGACGACAGCGACAGCCCCUUGGUGCGGGAUACUGAAGGAGCUCCUAUUCGGAUUUUCAACACUGUGGAGCUGCUGUUGGAGGCCGGAGCAGACCCCAAUCUUGGCAAGCGUCGGUUCGGCGGCCUAGUCGUGGCGCCUUUAGACGAAGUUGUGAGCGGAGGGUUAAGCACUAAGCGACGGACACCUUCGAGACUAACACAAAUGGCCUGACUUGGUGCCAUGUUUGUGCAGGUGAUACAGCCUGAGCUGAAGGAUGUCGCUGUCCUCCUCAAAGCCAAUGGGGCUCGGCAUUCGGACGACUACUAUAAAUACGGCGGACACAUCAAUCAAGCCCGCUACGCUGCCCUUUUGAUGCGGUCCAAUGCCUUGGAUUGCGAAGAAUACCGUGGGAUAUGUAUUCCUUGGCGUCGAGAGAAAGACUUGGAAGCCGACUUAAAGACCCUCGCUGAGGCAGUGUGUGCCGAAACGGCUGAGGGACGGGUCUUCGUGCCGCAGGGUUCGUCCAACCAAGGGUCCAGAAGGUUACUGCAAGUGUUCCUCCGAGAAAACACGAUGCUCAUCCUUCUGGGCGCUUUCGCAGCACGUAAGCGAAGCAGGCCUCAAGAUGUUUAUUACGCCAUCAUGGUGUAUCUCUUUUCGCCCCCAUUGCAAUGUGCAGUGACCGACUGGUUCUCCUUCUGGGAGAUGAUUAUCGAUGAGCCGUCCCAAUACACCAUUCCCCUCCUGUGCAAGCGGCUCCUUCUCGCAUCUGCCUCUGUCUCUACUGCUCUGCUCGUCCUCAAAUGGUGCCUGGAGUACGUCCAAAUGAAUGCCACACUGGUACGCAGGGGAGACGUCUUCAGGUGAGCACUUUGCUGACGACUUGUGCAUUGCGGUUGCUCAGGUGCAGCGCAAAAAGGGACAAUCGGGCGACAUCGAAUUAGGCGAACGCUCCCGUCUCAUCGACUCGGGCGUCGACUCUCAGGCAGCGACCCCGCGAGGGCCGUCUCCCACGGCGCCCAUCAUCACUCGCUUCGACCGGCCCCACCCUCCUCGGUGGCUCAUCAGGGUGAUCACGGUGCUGAGCGGCAUCUCUGUCCUCAACGACAGCAUCGACUUCAUCAACGUCGUGAUCAUUCUUUGCGCCAUCGGCAACCCCCGAAGCCACGCGAUGGGAAUACUCAUCAGCAAUCUCUCCUUGAAUCUGCUGAACGCCAUCGCCUCAGCCUACAAGGCAAUGGGAUUCGAAGCCUCGCGAGAGCGCAUGCAACAGCUGGCCCAAAUCAUACCCGGAGUUUCAUGUCAGUCCGACCUGAUGUCGUCUAUGGGGAUUCUUCGAUUUCUGCCAACUAUGGGGAUCUCUAUUUGUCCCUUUGGGGUGAUCGGCGCUCUUCUUGCUGAUUCGUGGUGGCUUUGGUGGAUUGGGAGUUUUUUCUGGUGGCUUGCCUUGGCUUUGAUGCUGGUGACGCUAAUGUGCGGGCUCGUUCUUGGCGUUGUGACGCAUUGUUUGGUCCCGAUGGGGCUCCUUUCGGAUGUUCUUCUCUUCGACUACAUCCAUCUCGGUCUCUUACACGUGCUGAUUCCGGAGCUCGUGUACACGACCAGCACGUGGAUUACCUUCUUUACGACUGCCGUCUUCAGCGAGAGAGUCCCGACAUGGCUCUGGCAUCUCUACUUUCUCUGCCCCGCCACAGCAACCCUCAUCCUUUACCCUUCUCUAAUCCUAACACUCGAAGAGAAGAUUGACGCCAGGACCCAUCGCGACACGGCCAAAGCACUCCGUCUCUGCACCAUGGGACUUGAAGGCCUUCUCGGCUUGAUAUGCAAUGCCCUCUUCCUCUGCUAUCCCACUUACCAGCUGCAGCUGCUCCCAAUAGCCAACAUCAUUCUGACGGUGGCGGUCGUCAGUUGUCAGCUGAUUCAGAUUUUUGUGCAAAAUCAGAAAGCAGAGCUGGAGGAUGAAGAGAAAGCUGCACUCGAAGCCGACUUAAAGACCCUCGCUGAGGCAGUACCUGCCGAAUCAGCUGAUGGACAAGUUUUCGAAUCGCAGGGUUCGUCCAGCCAAGGGUCCAGAAGGGUACUGCAAGUGUUCCUCCGAGAAAACACGAUGCUCAUCCUUCUGGGCGCCUUCGCAGCACGUAAGCAACAGCAGGCCUCUUACCAUCUCUCACGCCAUCAUCGUGUAUCUUGCUCUCUCUCUGCCCCCAUUGCACAUGUGCAGUGACCGACUGGUUCUCCUUCUGGGAGAUGAACAUCGACGAGCCUUCCCAAUACACCAUUCCCCUCUUGUGCAAGAGACUCUUUCUCGCCUCUGCCUCUGUCUCUACGGGUCUGCUCGUCCUCAAAUGGUGCCUGGAGUACGUCCAAAUGAAUGCCACACUGGUACGCAGGGGAGACGUCUUCAGGUGAGCACUUUGCUGACGACUUGUGCAUUGCGGUUGCUCAGGUGCAGCGCAAGAAGCCACCCUCGGGCGACAUCGAAUUAGGCGGACGCUCCCGUCUCAUCGACUCGCAUGUGGACUCUCAGGCAGCGACCCCGCGAGGGCCGUCUCCCACGGCACCCAUCAUCACUCGCUUCCACCGGCCCCCCCCUCCUCGAUGGCUGGUCAGGAUGAUCACGGUGCUGAGCGGCAUCUCUGUCCUCAACGACAUCAUCGACUCCAUCAACGUCGUGAUCAUUCUUUGCGCCAUCGGCAACCCCCGAAACCACGCGAUGGGAAUCCUCAUCAGCAAUCUCUCCUUGAAUCUGCUGAAUGCUAUCGCCUCAGCCUACAAGGCAAUGGGCUUCGAAGCCUCGCGAGAGCGCAUACAGCAACUCACCCGAAUUGUAAGCGGACUCCCGAGGGGAAACCCACUGGUUGACUGCACAGGCUCCUUAGUGCGUGAAAAGCUUCCGGGGCUGUUCGAUGUCCGUCGGGCAUUGCCUUGCUGGGGAAGCAGUAUUUGUGUCUUUGGGGUGAUCGGCAUGCUUUGUGCCCCUUCUGGGGCUAUCCAUGCCUCGUGGUGGUUUUGGUGGAUAGCUUGGAUCGGGCACCAUUUCUGGUGGCUUGCCAUGCGCCUUUUCUGGGGGCUUGCCAUCAUGCAGAUGCUGUCGACGCUGAUGGGUGGACUCGUCGUGACGCAUUGCUUGAUCCCAAAGGAGCUUCUUUCAGAUGUUCUCCUCUCCGACUACCACCGAUUGGGUCUUUUACAUGUGCUGACGGCGGAACUUGUCUACACGACCAGCACGUGGAUUACCUUCUUCACCACUGCCGUCUUCGGCGAGAGAGUCCCGACAUGGCUCUGGCAUCUCUACUUUCUCUGCCCCGCCACAGCAACCCUCAUCCUUUACCCUUCUCUAAUCCUAACACUCGAGGAGAAAAUUGACGCCAGGACCCAUCGCGACGCGGCCAAAGCACUCCGUCUCUGCACCAUGGGACUUGAAGGCCUUCUCGGCUUGAUAUGCAAUGUCCUCUUCCUCUGCUAUCCCACUUACCAGCUGCAGCUGCUCCCAAUAGCCAACAUCAUUCUGACGGUGGCGGUCAUCAGUUGUCAGCUGAUUACAGAAAUCACGGGACUCCACCACGCCGAGCUCAUCGACCGCAUCGAUCAAAUUCGAAAGGGAGACACCGGGUGGAAAAGCAUGGGAGAGAGUAUAGCUCUCUAUUUCUAUCCCGAGUGGGGGUAUCGGAAAGCUGAUGCUUUGGCGGCGGUGAAGAUGGUUCUUGAUGGUGGCGCAGAUCCAAAUAUGGCGUGCGGCGAGCCUCUUUAUCGCGCAGUGAUGGCCGAGACAGCGACCGACGGCAGCGACAGCCCCUUGGUGAGGGAUGCCGAAGCCGUAGCUACACGGAUAUUCAACACUGUGGAGCUGCUGUUGGAAGCCGGAGCAGACCCCAACCUUGGCACACGGCAGCUGGCCGGCGGCUUAAUCGUAGCGCCUCUGGAUGAAGUGGUGAGUGGGGGGAUAAGGAUGAAGAGAUGAAUGCCACACAGAUUCACCCACAUGGCCUGACUGAGUGCCAUGUUUGUGCAGGUAAUACAGCCUGAGCUGAAAGAUGUCGCUGUCUUCCUCAAAGCCAAUGGGGCUCGACAUUCGGACGACUACUAUAAAUACGGCGGACACACCAAUCAGGCCCGCUACGCUGCCCUUUUGAUGCGAUCGAAAGAGCUGAUCGGCAAAUUUGAUGCUUGGCGACAAGAUUUCGUACGACAAAGAAGAUUUGGAUGAUUGAAGUCAAUAUGAUGAAUAGGUAUGAUGCCUUUGUCUUUCUGCAGCGAAAAUAUUAG